CUUUCCUUAAAUGAAACUUAUCGUUUGUCAGAGCUGCAGUGGAGACACGUCUCUGGAUUUUCUGUCCGAAGGAAGAUUAAACUGUUUGUCAGUUAUUUCUCAGCACUUUACUCAAAUACUGACAUGUCUUCUGUCAGCUGUCUGCUAUCCGAAGAGCAGUUUCAGUGCUCCAUCUGUCUGGAUUUGUUCAGGGAUCCAGUCAGCACACCAUGUGGACACAACUUCUGCAAAACCUGCAUCACUGACCACUGGAAAAUUAAUUACAGAUGUCCCCUGUGUAAUGAGGGUUUUCAAAAAAUACCUUUGUUGAGGGUCAACACUUUACUCUCUGAGAUGGUUGGUGAGUUCAGAAAGUCGGCUCAACAGAAAGCCAACCGCAAACGGUCACAGCAACAAUCGUUCACACCAGUAAACGUUUCCUGUGACUUUUGCACUGGAACCAAACUGAAGGCCCUGAAGUCCUGCCUGGUGUGUCUGGCCUCCUACUGUGAGACUCACCUGGAGCCUCAUUUAAAUGUGUCAGGUCUGAAAAGACAUCAGCUGAUCGACCCUGUGGAGAACCUGGAAGACAGGAUGUGUCCGACGCACGAUAAACCUCUGGAGCUGUUCUGUAAGACCGACCAGACAUUUGUCUGUCUGCACUGCUCUGCUUUAGACCACAAGAUGCAUGAGUUUGUUCCUCUGAAAUAUGAAUGUGAAGAAAAGAAAGUUGAGCUGGUGAAGACAGAGGCUACAAUUCAGGAGAUGAUCCAUAAGAGAGGAGUAAAGAUUGAGGCGAUCAAACACUCAGUAAAGUGUAGUACAGAAAAUGCGCAAAUGGAGCUAUCAGAAGGUGUUCAGGUCUUCACUUCUCUGAACAAUUUGCUUGAGAGAGGCCUGAAUGAGCUCUACAAAACAAUAGGAGAGAAGGUGACAGCAACACAGAAACAGGCUGAAGGCCUCAUCAAAGAGCUGGAACAGGAAAUAUCCGAUCUGAAGAAGAGAAACACUGACGUGGGGCAAGUCACACGCUCAGAAGACCACCUCCAUGUUCUCCGAAGCUUCCCGUUACUGAAAGCUGUUCCACCCACAAAGGACUGGACAAAGAUCAACGUCCAUGUACCUUCAUAUGAGAAAACUGUGGAGGGGGCCUUGAUCCAGCUGGAGGAGACCCUUGAUAAAGAGAUGAAGAAGCUGCUCGGUGAGGCUGAGCUGAAGAGGGUCCAGAAGUACGCAGUGGAUGUGACUCUUGAUCCUGAUACAGCACACCCUGAACUCAUCCUGUCUCCUGAUAGGAAACAACCGCCUCCUGCAGAAGGUUUCUCUGACCUUCGCCUGAAGCAGAGGAAGAAGGAGCUGCAGUCAAAGACUGACGACAUCGCUAAACAGCUGCAAAAGGCGCAGGACCAAUGGGGUGCAGCAGCUCAACAGCCUCAGAAUAUCUUAGAGUUUGAUGACGUAGAAACUCCUGAUGGCCAGUGCACGGCUCUGUACACUUUUCAAGACAACAGCGAAGGCAACAUUUCCCUUACCGAGGAUGAGCUGAGGAGUACAAUGGAGGAGGAGAUAGUAUACGGAUGGAAGCGAGUACAGUGUAAAAAAAAUCGUAAAAAAACGGUCAAAUGACUGGCAGCAGCAGCUGCCAAACACAAACCAUAGAAUUAAAGUCAAAUACUUUAACUGAAAUAAAGUGCAAAAUUAAUUAAUAAACAGGAAUUGUCCUUAAAGAUUUUACAGGAAAACACUGUAAUGUUACAGAUGUUUCCUCUCUUUUCAAAAUCCAUUGUCUUAAAAUGUUACAUUCAAAUACCUUAAAUAAACUUCUGAUGAGAAAAA